GGCGUCUUUUUGGCACUAUAAAAGGCAUAUUUCGUCUUAUUAUGUUAUGGAAGAGCCGUCUACGCCUCCUGAACAGAUUCAGCGGCUUCCUCCUACACCGCCAACACCAUUUUAUACGUCUUCUGGUGAUGGGUUAAUAUGUCCUUCAGGAAGGAAGAAAGAGGCUAAAAGACCAUUCUCAUGGGUAGAAACGCCGUGUCCGAUUGCUAAGGAUACGCUUUUGAGCCCCAAAAAGACACCACAAACGAUUUUGGAGAAAAAAGAGGAAAAAUGUAUAAAUCAUAUAAAAAGGACAUUUCUGCCGGAAAAUAUGGCAGAAAACAUGGAUAAUCAGACUAGUAAUGAGGAAUUUAAUGAGAAUAUGUUUUUUUACGAUGAAAAAAACCCAUUUUUUGUUAAAAAUAAACAAGUAUUUUGUACGGACGAAGAACCAGUAAAAAAUGCAAAUAAAACACAUAAUUCAGAGGGAGUUUCAUUUUUAUUCCGGGGUAGAAAAAUUUUACAAACAUUUACAGAUCAAGUAUAUGAUUUAAAGCCUAAACAGCUUUUUACAGAGAUGUUAUCAUCACUGAAUACUACAAUUGAUGAAAUGAAUGAUGAAUUUACACCUAGUAAACGAAAAAGACGGAAAAAUAAUAUAGAUAAAUCGGAUGAAAUGUAAAAUGAUAGAAAAAGGAAUAAGUAGUAAAUUUUAUUUUAAUAUUUAA